AUGAGUAGGGUUUGGUGUUUGCUGUUCCUGCUUCUGAUCUCGAAAUGCGAUGAAGUGUGGAGCUCCUACGCGGGUUCCGCUAGCUCCAUCAUCAACCCUUCCAAGGUCAAACAGGUUUCCUGGAAGCCAAGAGCUUUCGUGUAUGAAGGUUUCCUCACCGAUUUGGAAUGCGACCACUUGAUCUCUAUAGCUAAAUCGGAGCUUAAGAGAUCUGCCGUAGCGGAUAAUCUCUCUGGAGAGAGCACGCUAAGUGAUGUUCGAACAAGCUCUGGCAUGUUCAUUUCCAAGAACAAGGAUCCUAUUGUUGCUGGUAUUGAGGACAAGAUUUCGUCAUGGACCUUUCUUCCAAAAGAAAAUGGGGAAGAUAUUCAGGUAUUGAGAUAUGAGCAUGGACAAAAAUAUGACCCGCAUCAUGAUUACUUCACUGAUAAGGUUAACAUUGUUCGCGGUGGACACCGCAUCGCGACUGUUCUGAUGUAUCUCACUAAUGUAUCCAAAGGCGGUGAGACAGUGUUCCCUUCUGCUGAGGAACCUUCACGUCGCAGAGGGUCGGAAACAAGCAGCGAUCUCUCUGAAUGUGCAAAGAAAGGAAUAGCAGUGAAACCGCGUAGAGGGGACGCACUUCUUUUCUUCAGUCUUCUCACAAAUGCUACCCCAGACACUAGCAGUCUCCAUGCUGGAUGCCCUGUGAUCGAAGGUGAGAAAUGGUCAGCAACAAAGUGGAUUCAUGUAGACUCGUUUGAUAAGACGGUGGAAGCUGGAGGGGACUGUUCUGAUCGACAUGUAAGCUGUGAGAGAUGGGCUUCCCUUGGAGAAUGCACUAAUAAUCCUGAGUAUAUGAUUGGAUCGUCAGACCUUCUUGGCUACUGUAGGAAGAGCUGCAAGGCAUGUUAG